AUUGUCAAUUUAUUUACAGUAGAAAGGAAAAGGUAGUGGGUGUGUUGCUUUGCUUUGUUUUUAGUUCCGUAAAAUUUAGUGUAACAAAAACAUAGUUAUAUUUCUAUUAUAAGUUUUAGUAAAUAUAAUAGAAUAGUGUAAACAAAUAGCUAAAUCUAGUCUGUGUUUGUACUCUUAUCAAAAAUAUUUGCUUAACAUCAGUUUGUGAUGAAUUAUUUACACGGAUUGUUUUCGUUUGUGAUACUGAUGUUCGUAGUAAAUACCAAAUUAAGUUAACGAGUUCCAUCAUUAAAUGUUCGCAAAUAAAUUAUCAUUAUGCUAAACAAUGGCAUUAAUCGAAUUAACACAAAUAUGUGCGUUUACCUGAAAAAUGGAUGUGGUUUGUGAACGCAGUUCGAUAUUUGAAAUAGAACCUUCGCAAUGUCAAGCCCGUGCCAAAAAGGCGGGAUGCGCCUGAGUGAAGCCUUAGAUAAUAUACAACUCGCUUAUAAUCCCAUUACGAAACAGUUACAUUUCGUGAGCCCUAAGGUAGAGAAAGUUACUGAGGAUGAUGUUGACAAGUUGUCUAAAAAGAGCAGUUUUAGCGAUGAGGGUAACUUCUCCAUAUCAACUUGUGAGAAAAGUGACACCAGUGACUCCCCGAAGAGUACUCUCCAGUGGGGCAGUGUGAGCGGACACCAGCGCGGGAAGGAUGGUGGAUCAUUUUCCAGUACUGUAUCCAGUUUGUCUGAGUGCUCGUUGGGGUCUAGUGCAUCUAAGGAUGACCUCGCUGAGGUUGGUGUACAAGAACAUGGAAAGUUGAAGAAAAAAGGAUUGUCAGGAUUCUUUAGCAGAGGAGUUUUCCCCUGGAAAAGCAGUUCAUCGUCUAAAAGUCAAGAGUCGAGCGUUGGUUCAACGUGGCGGCUGUUCGGCAGCAAGUCCACCUGCAACCUCGACAAGGGCCUGACCACCGAAGUGCAGAAGACCCUGACUCCCGCAUCAUCAGCGGCGAACACUCCUCAUCAUCACAAGAGGCAGGGCAGUUCGGCCAGCGAGAAGCAGUUCGAUGACCUGGUGGCCAGUUCCAUAGCUCUCAUACAACAUGACCGACCUUCGAAUCUCCCAGCGAAGACCACAGAAGAAGCGCUUCGGCAUAGAGCAGAGCACGCGCGGAUGGUCGAGGCGGCGAGGCGAAAGGUGGAGCGCGAGGCGGCCGCGAGGCACGCGAGGCUGCAGGAGUCCCUGCGCAUGGAGGAACGCCUCGCGAGGCACGCCCGCGAGUGGACGCAGAACAUCCUACCUGAUUGGCAUAACAUGAAAAACAGUAAACGUACUCUAGAACUGUGGUGGAGUGGUCUACCGCCCGCGAUCAGAGGACGGGUGUGGCAGCUAGCCAUUGAGAACAAACUCAAAAUAUCCCACGACCAUUACCAGGACUACGUAACCAAAGCGAAACAGAAACUGCACGAGGCGCAGUUACGAAGGAAAAGAUUAAAAAUCAACUCGAAAAACUCGUGUAACUGCAAAAAGGAAGAUAAUGCAGACAAAAUUGAAGAUAGAUUGUCGGCUGACGAAUUUGCAAGAGUUGACGAGAGAUCAUCGAAAAGAUCGUCGAAAACUGACGAUAGAGAUGAAAAGUCUGAAAAGAGAUUGGGUCUGCCAAGAAAUUUCAGCGAACAGAAUCUAAAGACGUUGACAGUGGAUCCCCCAAAGAAGUGUUGUUCGAAGUCUAAUCCGAAUUUACUGGACUAUAGUGAUGAAUGUUCCAUGGAGCUGAUACAGCUGGACAUAGCGCGGACUUUUCCACAUCUCUGUAUAUUCCAGCCCGGCGGGCCAUAUUUCGAUGUGUUACAUGAGCUGCUGGCAGCGUAUGUUUGUUAUAGGCCCGACAUUGGAUAUAUUCAGGGCAUGUCAUUCAUAGCUGCAGUACUAAUACUGAACAUGGAGGCGCCGCAAGCGUUCGUCUGCUUCGCCAACCUGCUGGACGGGCCGGUACUCCGCGCCGCCUUCACACGGGACGGUGAUACUAUGCAGCGUCUGUGGAAGGCGUACGGCGCGCUGCUGCAGCACAACCUGCCGGCGCUGGACGCGCUGGCGCCGGAGCUGUACCUGCUGGAGUGGCUGUACACCGCCUUCGCCAAGGCCAUGCCGCUGGACGCCGCGUGCCGCGUGUGGGACGUGUUCCUGCGCGACGGCGACACCUUCCUCUUCAACACCGCGCUGGGUAUCCUCCAUCUAUACCAAGACGAGCUCAAAGACAUGGACUUCAUAGCAGCGGCGCAGUUCCUCACCAAGCUGCCCGAGGACCUGGACCCCGAAGCACUCUUCAGAAGCAUCUCCUCCGUCAGCAUGACCCUCGACGGUAUGUCGUUCGAGGAGCUGGUCUCCUGCUGCAGCCUGGACGAUGACGUCAGCGCGAGGUUAUGAUACUACGCCGGAGAGCUCUGGGCGGAUAUACUGCAUCUUAGAACCACUUUGAGGUUAUAACGUUGGAUGUCUUAACAAAUGCUUUGCGAUUUUAAUCAAACUUUUGUUGGUGUAAGUCCGACAAGCAAAUUGUUUAAUCAUAAGAUACAAUUGCAAGGUAGACAUUUUGCAGGUGUCUUGAGAAAUUCUUUGCAACAGAAUUUGAGUAAUUUUAAUUUGUUGGUAUAAGUCCGACAAAACUACAUUGCUCACUCAUAAUAUCUGUUAGAUGAUAUGCCUAUGUUUGCUGUCUUUAGAAAAUUCUUUGCAACAGAAUUUGACUAAUUGUUUUUGUUGGUGUAAGUCCGAUAGCAGUAACCAGUAUAAGAUUACAUGGCACUCUUCAGUUUUAAAUGAAAGUGGUGCCCUUAACUUGUAUAUAAGUUUGGUGUUUAACUUUAGCCCUUAUCUGAAUCUUGAAGUUUCUAACUAUGAAGUAAAACCAGCUGUUACUUAGCAGCUAAAGUUUUUCUCCACUCUGUCAACUUUGUACAGGUUAUCUGUUAUUUAAAAUUUGUAUAGAAAUUAACAUAGACUGAUGUAAGGAUGUCCGAUAUUAUUUUACAUACUAUGAUAAUAAAUUGGAAAUAAUUCACACACUAAGAAAAUGUCUUUAUGAGUAAGUAAAUCGUUAUAUUCCAUGUGACAUAAUUAUGUAAAUAGAAAAUAUUAGAAUGAAAAUUUCAAUUUAAAAUUUUAAAAUCUCAAGAUUGUUUCGUCACAUAAAUGACCCUUCCCUGAAGUGACGUGACUAAUAUGUCCCCAAAAAUCAUGUAAAUCUCAGUGCAUUCUUCAGCCAUUGACAAUCUAAAUAUAAACUUUUAACAUAAUUAGUUAAAUCGUAUAAUGUCUCGGGUAUUUUUUAUUCAAUUAUGCCCUAUAUUAUAGUUAAAAAAAUCUCGAAUCUUAAUGUCCGUGUCUAAAUAAUAUUAUGUGUAAAUAUUUUAUUAUUAAUAAAUUAUAAUAGUACGAUCUAUCACACGUCUUUAUUAAUAUAAAUAAAUACUUUGUGGGUAAUAAUAAAGUAGAAUCUAGAUAGCUAUAUUAAAUAUAGGUAGUUACUUUUUAUUGUAAAUUUUAGCUACUGGGUUUUUACAACAUAUCAUUUUCUUAUAUAUCUUAUUUUUUUUUCUUUAUAUGAAAUUUCUACUGUGAAUUCAAUUUUUCAUUAGCGAUAUGUCUUAGGUCGCAUGUAAGGCCUUACUGGCUGGGAUUAGUAGGACUAAAUCAACCAACCUCCAAAGUGAUGAUUUUUUGCAAUAAAUAUUAUUCGAACAUUGAUGGUGUCUAUAUCCAUCGUAGUAUUAUCGCAUCCUUAAUAAGUCCAGCAUAGUUAGUGUAGUGAAGUUUACUAGAGGUUUCGGCCGCGGCUAGUUACCACCGGUACUGGUGUCAAGUCUAUAAGGUGUAAUAGGUACUUUUAAUUCAAACUUGCGAGCUUCUUUGGACCUUUUAUCAGGUAAAAUCGUAGAUAAUUUCUUGUUGUAUGUCACUAGUGUAAAAAUAAAAUAUAUAUUGUAAAUAAAUGAAGUUUAUUAUAAAUAUCGUCAAUUAUAAUAAUAUAAUUGAAUGUUAUAAAUAAGUUAUUUUAUUUCGAUUUACGAAUAAGGAAAUAAAUAAGGAAACGCAUUUGUGAACGAAAGACAAGAAAAAUUCAGUUCCAGAAAUGGCACAUUUAAGUUUUUAAGUUUCUAUACUCAAGAGGCACAAUUAUCCGCCCACUUUAAUAAAAUAAAAAUAUUUCAUUAUAAUGGCAAACGUGAGAUUUUACAAAUUUUAAUGUUUUCCAAUGGGUUUUAUUUGGACGGAUUGCCGUUUUUACAUAUAUUUCCUUAUUCGUCGGUAAUUUGUAAUAUUAUUAAUAAUUCGUAAUGUAUGUAACACAACCAACGAGUAGUUGAACCGGCCUAAUAGUUAAUGAAAACGAAUCGAAUGAUCUUUCGACAACUAAUCUUAAUUCUAGUUUUAAUCAAUUGUAAAUAAUAAUAAAAUUCUUAUCUAACCUAUUUAUUGCUAUUGCUGUAAAAUAAAAAUUGGACUAGUUCGCUAUAUUUAUAUAAAAAUUAUGUAUACUUUCUUUAUAGAGCGGGAGUCUGUGGUCGCUAGACUGUCUACAUUUUAUAAAAAAAUUGUUAGCUCAUGGUCUUGCAAUAGGUAACAUUAUGGAGUUUGAACGGCGUAAAAAUUACCUUUAAGGUUAGGCGAAGGGUUGCCAUGAAUGAUGUAUGUAUAUUCCUAAAACGCAUGGAGUUUACUCUUUCAGAUCAACUGUCUAAAUAGGUGUAUGUUGCUCGGCAGCGUACACGGUGAUAGGUGCGCAGAAUAGGUUGCGCACAAAAAUGUAACGUUGUCAUUCGUUCGUCGAAUUUUACUGCCCAUAUGUUACCUUACCGGGGGCUAUAUAUGAAAAAUCAAUUCUUAAGGAGUAAACUCCAAAAAAAUACAUAACUUAUGCAUUUUGAAACCUGCUACAUGUCAAACGACCAUGAUUAAAACUCCCUAUAUCUGGAGCAUGAGCUCACAAACAUUAACAUUUUAUAUAAUAACGAAGAUCCGGCCAUCACAGACUCCAACCGAAAAGUACAAAUAUUGAAUGAAAGAAAAGAAAUACCAUUUUUUAGUGUUACAUAAAAUGGACUGCUAAAUUGUUUAGUUCAGUAUGUUACUGUUUAUAAAUUAGAAAUUCAUUGUUAGGUCUCAAUUUUUAUCUAUCCCAUCGGGGUUUAACUGAAAAAAUAAAGAAAAUUAACUAAGCUGAACACAGUUUUGCAGACUUUUCAAAACCAAAAGAAAAACAAUUUUACUCGAGAAUUCCAUUAUUUUGGCAAUUGGUAAUGGGUAAACAAAAAGUAACAAAAGUAUAUUCAUCGCAACUUAGUAACAGAUAAAAUCAUAGUCCAUUUUUAUUUUACCUUGCAGUUAUUUGUUGUGUGCUGUGCAAUAUGUUGCUGCGAAAUUUAUUUUUUUCCAAUGAACAUGUAUUUUUAAUGUAAGAUGCUAACCACGGCUUAAUUUUUUUUAAUGAAUAGGUACUUCUUUGAUUAAAUUUACUUAGAGGCGCAAUUAUCCGCCCAAUAAACUAAUAUACUCGCGUCAUAUUAAAGUGGGCGGAUAACUGUACCUCUGAGUGUAGUUACGAAAAAAUGAAUUUUGCACCAACACUUCUUCAAUCAAUCUUUGUCUAUAUGUAUAUAUUCUAUAUUAAUCAAAUUAGAUUUAUAUUAUAUUAAACAGCUUUAAAUCAAUUUCAUAAUCUAGAGAUCUUGCCACACGGUUACUAAAAUAUUUGAAUAUUAAUUUAAUUUUAAAGUUACAGUUUUGUAACCACGAUAUAGUAAUGCUAAGUUUUGGCCUAUAACCUCAAAAAUGAUACAACUUACAUGAAAACAACACUUUUCAACAACUUUUUCAUCUCUAUUAUUAGUAGGUAUGACCAUUUAUGUCUAUAUCUUCCAGUUAACUAAACUCUAUAUGUUUACGAGUAUUUCGUGCUCAGAAGUGUUUAUUAAAUAGUUAAAUAGUAAAAAUAUAGUGGUUAAAGUUUAUAUGUAUCAGAAGUAGAGUAACUUCUUUCAUAUUAUGUCUGUACAAACUAAGUAAACGAAAUACAUAAUAAAUGUUUUACAUUAUUCACAAAUUAUUAUUAUCAGUAAAAUGCUACAUCUUAUUUUAUAAAUAGCUUAUUAACAAAGACAAUGUAACAAACAUCGUGGGUUAAAAUUUUUAUUGGCAACAAUUUUAUUAGAGACUUGAAACAUUUAUAGCCAUCAAUUAAAAUAAUAUCAAUUAAAAAUAACUACAUCAUCGAUAAGUAUUAAGUAGUUGUUUGCCAAUUAAGUUAAUUAAGCUUUUUUAUAUUGAAUAGUUUAAUUGAUAUAUAAUAAUCACUUAUUAUUAUUGGCACCACAUACAUAUUAUUAUUAACCUAGAGUUGAUAUUACUUUAGGAAUAAAAAUCUUUGAAUCGGAUUGAUUAUUAUAUAUUUUAUUUCACAGAACUGAUAUAUAUUUUAUGAAAAAUCUUUAUAUUAUUUGUUUUUAUGCCGUUUAUUUUGUAUAUUUUUUAAUUUACGUUUUUUUUUCUUAAUUGUGUUGGCUAGGCUGAAAAUCUUUUUGUAGAAAUUUAUGAUCAACGCUUAACAUUGUUUUGCCGAGUAAAGAGAGAUUUUGGUUUUAAUUUGCAAUUGCAAUUUAAAAUAUACAUAUAUAUUUUUUUAUAUAUUUUAUAUAUUUUUAUAUAUUAUUCUAAAGAUAUAUACAUAUCUAUAAAUGCAUUUUUAGCAAUCAUAGUUUGCAUCAAUAUUUUUUGUCGAUCAUGACUAUAGCAAUUUGUGCGGGAAAAAAUUGAACUAUGUCUUUCUUUAUUUUGGUAACUGUAUUUGCAACUUAUAGAAAAAUAGAAUAAUGGCUUUUGUAAAUACAUUACGUAUUGUAAAACAAAUGUUAUGUCAACGUAAAAUAGGCCUUAUGUAGCUUUUAACAAAAGUUCUACUUGAAGAGCAUCCAGAUAGAGUAUACUCAAGCUUUAUUAUAGAGAUUUAAGGUACAUUUUACUUUGACGUAUUAAUGUUUCUUCAAGCAUAGUAAACCCUCAUUCGCACGAGAGUUUUUUUAACGGACGUUUAAAAAACGUUCAAAUAUAGUAUGAAGUUAAAUGAUGGUCUAUUUUAAACGCCCAAAAUUGAAAAUGUAUCACUGCUCGAAAAAAAGCGUAGUGUUUUAAAAACGCUGUCGUGUGAACAUAUUCUUGGAAAUGCAUUUGUUGUUGCACAAAUACAACAAUUGCAUUUCCAAGAAUAUAAACAUCAAAAAGUUGAACGCUUUUUUAACGUCCGUUAAAAAAACACUUGUGCGAAUGUAGGCUCAUGGUUUUGCGUUAACUGUCAAAGUUAAUUAAUUUUACAGAUUAAAAAUAAUUAAAAAUAUAUUGGUGUGAAUGGGAUACUAUUGUAAUAUUGAUUAUAAUAAAUAAAACUCGUAUUUAGCGAUAGUUCGAUAAAUUAUUGCCGUUGUGAUGUUGACUGAUAUUAUAACAAUGCCAUCUCGAUUAUAUAGUUGUAAUGUUAAUGAUAAGGUUUUGCAACUAAUGCAACUGGGCCCCAGAUCUAAGUUUGAUUGUAAAAUAAAUUUAUUAAUACUGAA